AAUAACGCACCCACUAUCUUUCUCCUUCCCUUCCGCCUUCCUCCUUCUUCUUCCUCACUGUUUAACGCAGAGAGAGCCUCCGUCUCUUCUCCUCUCUCUCUUUCUCUCUACAGAAUAAGUUUUUUUCUUUUUUUUAAUUCAUUAAUAAUAAUACCAUUUGAUUCGCUGUUGGUGAUCGGAUACGAGAAAGUAGAAGCACGAAGGAGGAGGAAGCUGUUGUUGUUCCGUCAUCCUCGAAUUGGGUGUGGCGAAGAGAUUAAACGAAUCCUCCUAUAUUUCUCUUAAAAAAAAAAAAACAGAUCGGAAUCGGAAAACGUACCAUUACAUAACUCGAAUCAGGUUUCUCACUUGGGUAUAAUGAUGAGGUAUCAAAGAGUAAGCCCAGAUUGUCUUCCCCAUACAAACGGAAGCAAGAAGCCCUACUUAAGACCAUCACCUUCAAGAUCAACAAACGACGACACCACCACCACCACCGCAAGAGGAUUCAACGCCGGAUCAUCAUGCACAACAACCUCUUCCUUAGACGGAAUCCCCAAAGGAUUCCGAUUCAGAUCCACCUCCCAACAACAACAACAACAAGAACAUGAUCCUAGUCCUAGCCGUCGCGGCGGAGAUGUGCUGUUACAGUGGGGACAACGAAAGCGAUCGAGAGCUUCCAGAGCCGAGAUCCGAUCCAUCACAGCUGACGACUCUUCAUCUUCGUCAGGACAAGGUAAGAUUCAAUCAAACAAGCUUCAGAGACGAUCGGUGAAUCCUUCUAUGCCGCCACCACCACCAGCUCCGCCUGUUUUCACUAGCCGGAGUACAAACCCUAGAAACGGUUUCGUCGUCGGCAAGGAAUCUUUCUUCCCUUCUUCCUCCAGGAAUCUAGAAGAUCGAUCAGCCAACGGAUCACCAUCAAGGAACAACAACAUGAACGGCCGUAUGAUGUCCAGAUCGGGUGGUGGCUCAAAGCGAUCUCCACCUUCACCUGACCAAAUCGAGAAGAGAUCAAGCGUACUUAGAGAUCAGAGACAAAACGGGUUUGAUCAUCAACAACAACAACAGCAUCAGAGAGUGGUCAGAUCAGAAUCAACGGCUCAUCAUCCAGAAGUGGAGAUGAAUGGAGGAGAGAGAGAGAAAGCAACGCAAGAGUGGCCAAGGAUCUACAUUGCUUUGUCUAGGAAAGAGAAGGAAGAAGAUUUCUUGGUUAUGAAAGGAACUAAGCUUCCUCAUAGACCCAGGAAACGUGCUAAGAACAUUGAUAAAGCCCUUCAGUUUUGUUUCCCAGGGAUGUGGUUAUCUGAUUUGACCAAGAACCGUUAUGAAGUUAGGGAGAAGAAAAAUGUGAAGAAGCAGCAACCAAAACGGAGAGGAUUGAAAGGCAUGGAGAAUUUGGACACCGACUCCGAAUAAAUUAAUUUUUUUGUUCCUUUUUUUUCUUUUUGGGUUAAUGUGUUUUUCGAUUUCUCUUUUGAGAAAAAAAAAACAAGACGCACACGUGUGGCUAGCGCGUGCGAAAUAGACUCAGCAACAAGAACCACCAGAUCGAGCUUAUAUAUACGAUCGAGAGAACUUACCUUCUUUUUUUAUUUUACUUUAUUGUUUAUCUUAUUUUUCCUUCUUUGGUUUUU